UUUGUUUAAUAAAAAUCAUUGUUAAGCAAUUAAAAUUUUGAUCAUCUCAUCGAAUUUAUUAAUUUUAAGAAAUGGAGGACUCAGAAUUGCAGAUUACUAAGAAGAAACUUGCCCUCUUAUUAUUAAAUAAAAUGAUACAUGAAAAUAAAAAUCGAAGAAGUCGAAAGUACAGAGUACAUCCUCUUUGGCUCCAACGUUCAAUAUUUGGUGCACAUAAUUCAUUAGUUAAAGAAAUGGUGAUGCAUGAUCCAGUAAUGUUUAAGAAUUAUCUUCGCAUGUCUGUCUCUACAUUUGAGAAACUUUUAAUAAAAGUAGGAGAAAGUCUACAAAGCUAUCCCACGAGAGAAGACAUAAUCUCACCAUCCGAAAAGUUAAUCGUAACUUUAAGGUAUCUUGCAACAGGAGAGUCUUAUACUUCAUUAUCACGACAAUUUCGAAUGGGAAUCAAAACAAUUCAAGUAUUUAUUCCAGAAACAUUAUUAAUUUUGUGGAGAACAUUACAGACUGAAGUACUUGCAUUUCCGGACACUGUGGAGGCUUGGAAUGUUUUCCAAACUGCUUUGGUUCCAUUGAUGGAAAGCACGUCCUAA